GUUAGUCACGCUGGGAACGCUUGAAACGAGGCUUUGUACGUGGACCAAUGAGGAGCGAGUGGGCAGUGACGAACGCAUGACGUCAAACGUGUCACUGAAAAGAUGAGGAAGAAUCACAUGUGUCUUUCCUGCGUUCACCCUCUGAUUUCAAUAAAACAGUCACCAUGAAGUUGAUCUCCAGCUCAGUCACAGUUGCUUUUCUUACCUGCAUCAGUGUGGCCUCUCUCCUGCUGCUGCAUUGCCGGCAUGUCGCAGCAGACCUGAGGUCAGACUCUGCCCUAACUGUGGUGGAGAAUGCAGAAGAAGGAGGAGGAGGAGCAGGUGGUGAUGAAGAAGAGGAGGCAAAUGUUAAUAUAGAGGUGAUCCAACCUACUGAGCAGUGGCAAACACUCAAACCAGGUCAAGCAGUGCCAGCAGGUUCCCAUGUGAAGCUGAAUCUGCAGACAGGUCAGAGGGAGGUCAGACUGGGAGAAGAGCAGCUCAAAUACUGGACACAGGAUCACAGGAGGGGAGAGGAGUCUCAUUCCUUCUCCAGCCCUGACGAACUGAAACAGGCCAUGAAGAAUAUAAAGGAGGACCUAAACCCAGUAUGCCAGAAGAGAGACCAACAUUAUCCAUACAAGGCUGAUGACUCUGUGGCUUCCAAGUAUCGCCCCCUAGAGGAGCUGAAGAAAGAUAUGGCUCAGCUGGACUUGCUGGUUGAGACGGAUGGUCAGAUAUUGAGGCGUCUACUGGACCAAUUCAACAGCAGUAACUCAACUACAGAGCAGAGACUGAACAUUCUGCUGGAGCUGGAGUAUCUGGUGCACCAGGUGGAUAAUGCUCAGACUUUGUGCUCGAUGGGGGGUCUCCAGGUCAUUCUAGAUUGCCUGAACAGCUCUGACUUCAGAUUACAGGAAAGAUCUGCCUUUGUCCUGGGAUCUGCUAUGGCCAGUAACCCAGUGGUUCAGGUGAAAGCUGUGGAGAGUGGAGCUCUGCAAUUGCUGUUAACUGCACUGGCUACUACACAGCCCCUCAGAGUGAAGAAGAAGGUCCUGUUUGCAGUAGCCGCCCUCUUGCGUCACUUCCCCUAUACUCAACGUACUUUCCUGUCUCAUGGGGGACUACAGGUCCUAUUAGAGUUGUUUAGGGCAGAUGGAGGUGGAGUUCUCCGAACACGAAUUGCCACCAUGUUAUAUGACAUGAUCAGCGAGAAGGAGCUGAUCUCUCAGACAGGUCUGGACCCGGCAUUGGAUGCCGCCAAUGAGGACCGUGUGCGGCAGUACUCUGAGGUGUCAUUGGAGGGGGAGCUACUGGAGAAAGGCUGGUGCACUUUGGUCCCACAGUUGCUGGAGUCCACUGAGCAUGACUACAGAGAGAAGGCUCUACGGGCUUUGUUGGCAAUGGCUCCCACAUGUUUGGAUCAGUACCGCUCUGACAGCUCUCUGCUGGGCUCCCUGCUCUCUCUCCGAGAACAGUACCAGGAAAUGGUCCAGUCCGAAAUGAUUCUAGGAGAGGAGAACAGCUACUUCGCAGAGAUUGCGGAACUUAUUGAUGUACUACAAGUCAAAAUGAAAUCACCGUAGGAUUGUACAGUGACACUUUACAUGGCCACAAUGCAGAGACUCAAAACUAACAACCAAUCUCCAGCGCAUGACCAACCACAGAGUGACGAAUUCCUCAAGACAAGAGUCAACUCGAUGUGUGUCAUGGACGAGGAUCAUUCAGAAAACAUACAUCGUAACAUUAGGGACGGCUCAUGAGAGUCAACAUCCAUGUAAGAAAGGUCUGUAAUGGAAAAUGCUCUUUGUGUUGAUAAUUUAAAAAUGAAUUUAUAUUUUUUAAGUAUUUUUUUGGAACAAAUGCUCUGAGUUUGGGGAUUUCUUUUUGUAAUACCUUUCAGUUAAACCAGUUAUAAAUAAGUUUAAAGUUGUAAAGCUAUAACUUUAAUGAUGAAGGUCCAUCUAAUAUACAGUCAGUAGGUAUUCAGACCCCUUCAUGUUUUUUAUGCCUCUGCGCCGGUGACAGCCAGGGGCCGGAGGCAUUAUGUAUUUUGGUUGUCCGUCCGUCCCAUUCUAUCUCAAGAAUGCUUUGAGGGAAUUUCUUCAAAUUUGGUACAAAUAUGCCCUUGCCACAAGGAUAAACCGAUACGAUUUUGGUGGUCAAAACUCAAGGUUAAUUUGGUACAAACAUUCACUUAGAUUCAAGCAGUGUUGCAGCACAAUCUAAUACAAUUGGAGUAAAUGGUGACCUAUCUUUAGAUGUAAUAAAACAACAGAAAAUACUCAA